AACAAGAGGACUUCAGACAAUAAAAAUGGAAAGAAGUCGAAGAAUUAGGCUCGCAGCUCUACAAUGUAGAACACCUAGGUCCUGCCCGUGGGAGCCUUCCGACUGAAGAUGAAAAUCUUUUUUAUUACAAUGCUGUUCACUUUGGUGGUUUUCUUUAAUUCCUUUGGACUUAGUUCACAGUGGGAGUACGAUAAAAAUGAACUCAAACCUAUCGAAAAGCAACUUCCCGUUAAGGGUUUUUACUACAUGGCAGGACCGAAAAAUGACAAAAAAGAAGAAAUAACCAAAACUACCAGAACUCAUUUGGUACUAGAAACAAUUCACGCAACUAUAAUCGUUAGCAUAAUAGACAAAGCUCGUAUUCUUCGUGCUAUAUAUUCAGAUAAUAAAAUAGUUGCAUUACACGAAGUUGGUCUUAAUUUAGAUCAAGCUGUUGUCUUGCCACUGACAGACGAGGAAACACAAAAAUAUGAUCUCAAAUUUAAUGAGACAGUUAACAAUCUGAAAAUUGGGGGUGAAAAAAAAGGCGUGACACUUUUAGAAAGAGGCUUACUUGUGGUGCUACGCUCGUGUUAGAGUUACAUACACUUUCUAUAGAAAAAUCGCUAUAUAAGAUUUAGGGCAAAAAGCAAAUUUGUCACACAAAAAAACUACGAAUUUUUUGAACUGCUCCUCAAGAAUUUUGCGUUAUUUCUAUUGUGGCUAUAUUAAACGUUUUCUUUAGCUGUAAGUUCAAAAAGACUUUGAAAAAAUUAAAUAUAGUGUUUUUCGCGGAAAACCAAGGAGGGUGUUAAAAAAGAGCUAAUCUUGGCUUAAAGGGAAUAAUUUACCUUGCUAAUAUUUGACAUUCUUAUAACUUUUAAUUAACUUAA